GAAAUAAUUUAUAAACAAAACUUUGCCCGACUGAAGUUGCUUCGCUCUUGAGUUUUAAAAACCAGGAUUUGUUUUAAAACAUCAAAAAUCACCACACGAUGGCUGAUCCGGCACCGGAGACCACCGACAAAGAGCUGGCCACAAACGUGGAAAAUCUCUCCCUCGGGCAGGAACCAAAGGUGGAAAAGCAGGAGGUCAAAAAGAUUGACAUUAUUCUACACGCCACCGGAAGUGCCCCCAUUCUCAAGCAGAAAAAGUGGGCGGUCGAUCAGGAGAAACCAAUCAGCGCAAUCAUCAAAUUCAUCCACAAAUAUCUCAAGCUGGAACCGGGCGAGAAAUUGUUUUUAUACAUCAACCAAACGUUCGCCCCCUCGCCGGACCAGAUCAUCAAGAAUCUGUACGAGUGUUACGGUGCCAACGGGAAGCUGGUCCUGCACUAUGCAAAAAGUCAGGCCUGGGGCUAAGUUGAGGAAGCUUUUCGCUCGCUACAAUCUCUCACUUUCCAGAAAAUAUCAUUCUAAGUCAUUCUGUAAUUAUACUAAUAAAAAAAUAGCUUUUGCCUGCACGCAAUCAUGUGCAACAACAGGUG